UUAAUUGUUGAGACACAGAAAGCUUUCAUCACAUCUCAAUCUGCUCAUCUCAUACCUUUUAGCAGAUAGAAAUUAAUCAGACCUACCAAAAAAAUGUGUGAUCUAGUGUCCAUCGCUCGCAAACAUUUGCUUCCACUGUUAGCAGAAGCGGUGAAUAUAAUCAGGCGGACCCCAGUAGAAGUUGAAGCCAUGAAAAAGCAACUAGAAAGGAUUCAAGACAUGAUCCAUGAAGCAGAUAGAAAGGCUUCAGCAGAAGGAGCCAACCUCAAGCGUGACGAAAUCAAGGAAAUGGUGAAGGAGCUGAUAGAAGCAUCUUUUCAAAUGGAAGAUGUCUUGGAUGAAUACAUUCUGUGUGUGAGCAACAACUGCAAUCUCGUGAUCCUGGAUGCGUAGCAUUCAAUCCUGAAGAGGCUGCUAACUUCAUCAGACCUAUGAUCACUCGUGUUCAGCUUGCAUACAAGAUUCAGCGCGUUAACACGCGAUCUCGUGAAAUUAAGGAAAAAUGUCAAAUCCAUGAUGCGCCAGAAACCCAACAUUCUUCAGAACAAGGACAAGGUGGCUCUAGUUCUGGAGAACACCAAGACAUCAUAGUGCGGAACGUUCGAGAGGAGGCUCCUCUUCACAUCAAUGAAGCUGAUGUAGUGGGCUUUGAAGUCCCUAAAGCUGAAUUGAUUGAUUGGUUGGUGACGGGGCGAAAAGAACGUGUUGUAAUCUCUGUGGUAGGGAUGGGAGGGCAGGGAAAAACCACUCUUGCAAGGAAAGUUUUUGAAAGCAAGGAGGUCAUGGCAAACUUUGAUUGUCGUGCAUGGAUCACAGUGUCCCAGUCUUACAGUGUAGAAGGAUUGUUGAGGGACAUGUUGCAGCAAUUAGACAAAGGAAAUAACUUUUCAACAAUGGAUCGAAAGUCACUCAAGGAUGAAGUGAGAAGCUACUUGCGGCAAAAGAGGUACGUUAUCUUCCUUGACGAUGUAUGGGAUACAAAGUUGUGGGAUGAUAUUGAAUUUGACAUUGUUGAUAAUAUAAAAGGAAGUAGGAUAUUUGUCACAACUAGGAAAAGGGAGGUUGCACUACAUUUUAAGAAAUCUUCUAUUGCUAAAGUGCAUGAUUUGCAACUUUUAGAUAAAAAACAAUCUUUUGAGUUGUUUUGUAAGAAGGCAUUUAAGUCUGACUUUGGCGGAUUUUGUCCAGACGAACUCAUGUCCGCCUCUUCUGAAAUUGUUAGUAAGUGUAAGGGUUUGCCACUAGCCAUUGCAGUCAUUGGUGGCGUUUUGUCCGGCAAAGCUCCAUCUGAGUGGAUAGAUUUCAGAAAAAAUCUAUUUUUAGAGCUGGAAAAUAAUCUCCAUUUAGAUGUUGUUGCAAAGAUUUUAAGCUUCAGCUAUGAUGAUUUGCCUUCCAAUCUCAAACCAUGCUUACUGUAUUUUGGAAUCUAUCCUGAAGACUUUUCAGUUAAGUCCAUGAGAUUGAUUAAGCACUGGAUAGCUGAAGAGUUCAUCAAACAACAAGAAGGAAAAACUUUGGAGAAAGUUGCUGAAGGAUAUUUGAAAGAGCUGAUCCAAAGAAAUUUGGUGCAGGUAUCAUCAUUCACCAUUGAUGACAAAGUUAAAAGUUGUCGUGUUCAUGACCUGUUACGUGAAAUAUAUGAUCCUUAGAAAAGCAAAGGAUUUAAAUUUUUGCCAAUAUAUUCAUGAAGAUGAUCAGUUAGCUUUAUGUGGGAAAAGUCGGCGUGUUUCUUUAGCAACAACUUCCAAAGCUUUUUGGGAAAGCAUUGAGGGCUCACACAUUCGGUCAUUGCUCUUUUUCAUAAAUGAAGAACUUCCUGAAUGUUUUGUAAAAAGAAUCCUUGCACAAUGCAAGUUACUGAAGGUACUUGAUUUCCAUAAUUGUCCAAGUUUUCUCAAAAAUAUUCCCGAAGGUUGCUUGAAUUUACUCCACUUGAAGUAUUUAAGCUUUCGCAAUUGGGACGUAGAGAGUCUUCCAGAAUCUAUUGUUAAACUUCAGAAUCUGGAAACUUUGGAUGUAAGGACCAGUGUCAUUUUCCUGCCAAGGGAUAUUGGCAGGCUUAGAAAGCUAAGACAUCUUUUGGGUACGUUUGAAUGUUGUGAUGAUGGCUGGGAAUGGAAUUGUGGUAUUGGAGGCUUGGAAUCCCUACAAACACUAAGCGAAGUGGCAAUGAAUAGUUCUCAAGUAGCGCUACUUAAGGAGCUGGGAGAGUUGAGGCAGUUAAGGGAGUUGAAACUAAAAAUAAUGGUAUUUGCAGAGGAAAUUGAUCUUCUAUGGUACUCAAUAAAUAAGAUGCAACACUUGGAGAAACUACAUCUUUAUACAUAUGGUAGAGGUUUCAGUGAUUUUCAUCUUAUUUCACCCCCACCCAUGCUUCAAAAGCUUCUCCUAAAUGGGAUGUUAGAGAAGUUGCCAGAGUGGAUUUCAGAGCUUUCAAAUCUUGUUAAGCUGAACUUGGAAUUCUCUAUUUUAACUGAUGAUCCUCUUAAAUCAUUGAAAAAAUUGCCGAAUUUGCUGUCUCUUAACUUGCUUUAUUGUUAUGAGGGGUGAAAGCAUGCAUUUUGAAGAUAGAGACUUUCAGAAACUUAAGCAACUAAAACUCGAAUCUUUGAAAAGCUUGAAAUCCAUCUUUAUAGAGAAAGGAGCACUGCAUUCUCUGAGAGAGUUGACACUAGAACGGAUCCCCCAACUCAAGGCGGUACCACCUGGCAUUCAGCACUUUUAAUUAUAUGCCAGAUGAACUUGUGGCCAACAUCACCCCCGAUGAAGGAAAAGACCACUGGAUCAUCAAGCAUGUUCCUCGUGUAAUCAUUGUUUUCUAUUGUAAAGAGCAGUUACGGCGCUCCAUCUUCGAAGCAAUUCGGAUUGUCCACCUGGCAUGAACCUUUCACAAAAAUGAUUGAUUCUCUACAACAUGAUCAAGCAUGCAAGGAAUGAAUUGAAGCAAUAACAAAAGAUGAAUUGCACAAUAAACAAGAAACGAUGGAAGUUGUAGAUCGAAGGACGAGGAAGGUGGAAGCUGUGAUGGCGUGGUGGUGACUGUAGGUUUUGGGUCAUUUCGAUUUGGUGUAUAGAACAAGGAUCUGGAUCUGGAACGACUUGGGUCUCUGCUUCAUCUUUUGUGAUAAAUUUCGUUUGGGUUUUGAUAAAUAUUGGUUUUUUGAUGUGGGUUGAUGAGGUUAUUUUUCUGGGUUUAUUCUUCAUUUUAUGGGUAGGAAAAACCCUCUCCUAUGCACAAAUCAACUCUAAUCACAUGAAGGUUUCUUCAAGUUCUGUUUACUGGGCGAUAGUUGUUGAGCUGCUCGAAGAUGCCCACACUAUUAUUGGCCUCCCUACAUGGCCAAUGUGUAGGAAUGGUUCUGAAUUUGAAGAUGAUUGAGGAAGAAGAUGAAGAUCAAGGGUUUGCAGGGCUUUUAAUGUUUUUCUAUUUUUUUAAUUAAUUUUUGAGUUCAAUUGCACUUUUAGUCCCCAAAGUCGUUAGUUUUUGGAUGGAAAACUGGCGGGGGACCAAAAGUGUUGACGGAGCUUAACGUCGGGGUAGUGAAAUGCUAUUUUUAAACUUAGUGGACUCCGUUUGCACAUUUUUGAAAUCUGGGGGACCAAAAGUGCUAAUAAGCCUUAAUUCUUUCAUAAAUUGUAUGACUUAUACACUAUGGUUGAGAUGUGCCUUUCAAUUUUGGAAUAA